CCACAUCUAUCGCUCUCACUCCUGUCCACAUCAUUAUCCAUUCCAACAAGGUAGAGCGGCCAAAGCCAACCCACGUCUGGCUGGUCGUUCCGUUCCGCUACUGCUAUUUGUGUGUGAGUGAGCGCAGCGAGCUAACGAGGAUUGUGUGAGUCCUCGCCAAGGAUUAGUGGAGUUGGUUUGUCCUCAGUAGAUACAGUGUCGCGGCAGCUGCAGUUACAUCAAAGGCUUUAGCUCGCUCUUCCAGGUCACAUCAACGGGAACGUUGCUGGAUAGUAACCGUUUGAUAUCCCUCUCCACUGUAAUAGCUGCUGCCAGUGCUGCUGCAGAUUCGCCUUUUCGUCGCCAAGGCUACAUUUUUCCGAACGGACGUAUAAAUGUCGGACCUCAUCGGAAUGAUGCACUGAAGAAAGACUAGGCUACAUGCAAGCGUCUGUCCAGAGGCUGCAGUAUAGCUGAGCGAUUGCGGCACACUGUUGACGUUUUUUUUUACGGUUUCACAGUCUAACAUCAGUGGUUGGCUGUUAAGGGAGAAUCGUGCAUUUUGAUCGCCCUGCGCUCGGCGAAAACAUAAUGGCCACUCUACUGCGGAAAAUCGGUCUGAUUCGUCUUCACGACCGGGACACAGAGGACCCCAAGCAUCACCAGGGCUCGCUAAAGGGAACCAAGGGGAACACGAAGAACACUAAGCAGCACUGUCAGACCACCAACGAGACGAACAACCUCCUCAGCACCCCCGAGAUCAAAGCGAAAAAGCUGGACCAGCACAACAGCAAGGACAAACCGUCCGUAAAGGAUAAGCAACAGGGCAAGGACGCCAAUGAGAAACAGCAGAUGGGAGGCGGAGGAGGAGGAGGUGGGAUCGGGGUUGGAAAAUCAGCGACCAGUGCCUCAAUACCACCACUAGCCCCUCACCGGCAGCACUGCACCCAAGUCCGGACGAGGAGACUUAUGAAGGAACUCCAGGAGAUCCGGCGGUUGGGAGACAACUUUAUAACGGUCGAGCUGGUCGACGACAAUCUAUUUGACUGGAACGUCAAGCUCCACCAGGUGGACAAAGACUCGGCGCUGUGGCAGGACAUGAAAGAAACAAACACCGAGUUCAUUCUGCUGAAUGUCUCUUUCCCCGACAAUUUCCCGUUCUCUCCGCCAUUCAUGCGGGUUCUCACCCCCCGGUUGGAAAACGGGUACGUUCUGGACGGUGGAGCGAUAUGUAUGGAGUUGUUAACCCCCCGCGGAUGGUCCAGCGCCUACACAGUGGAAGCCGUGAUGAGACAAUUUGCGGCAAGUCUGGUAAAAGGACAGGGGCGUAUCUGCAGAAAAGCAGGGAAGUCCAAGAAGGCGUUUAGCCGCAAAGAGGCGGAGGCCACCUUUAAGAGUCUGGUGAAGACCCACGAGAAGUACGGCUGGGUCUCCCCCCCUGUGUCUGACGGCUGAGGAGAUGGGCCGGCCAUGACGCUAGCUAGCCAUGCUAACCAUGA